ACUCACGAUGUGUCUACCAUGAUGAUCCUAUGGUGGCGCAAAUACUUGGCGCUCGCUCUGAGUCGAUGACCCACUCGUUUUCAGCUCUAUGAUUAUCGACCUCGGUACUCCGCUCACUCUCAUGAUCCACAUAAUUACACAUUCAGGUAUACGAGCAUCGUAGUAGACGUGGUACCAUAAAAGCGAAAUAGCACCACUUAGGAUCUCAGGAUAGUUGUUUUUCCACCAGCGUCCUCUCUGUUGAUACCAGCUAUUAUGUCCGACACAGCCUGGUUUAAUAACCUCAAGACCCUCAAGGGCAUUCAAGCCAAGCCUCUUCCAGAGCUUGAGUCCCACGAUCUUUCAGGCCAAACGUUUCUCGUUACAGGAGCUAACACCGGUAUCGGCUAUGAAAUCGCGAAAUACCUCGCGUCCCACAACGCCUCGAAGGUGAUCCUCGCAUGUCGCAAUCCUUCCAAAGGAACCGCCGCAGCCGCAUCACUCGCCUCCGAAACUGGUCGUUCGGCAGAUGUGAUCGAGAGCCGGAUCCUUGACUUGACGUCGUUUCGGAGUGUAAAGGCGUUCGCGGGACAGUGUGCGGAGUAUGCGGAUGGUAUCGAUGUGGUGUUCAUGAAUGCGGGGAUGAGCACCGUGGGAGAUAUCAAGAGUGAGGAUGGAUUUGAUCCCGUCCUGCAAGCGAAUCACCUCGGCGCCACACUGCUCACCCUCCUCCUCUACCCCAUACUCUCGAAUCCUACCACGAAUCGUGACCCGAAGAAGCCAGCCCGCAUCGUCUGCACCUCAUCCAACGCCAUCGGCAUGACCAAUCUCCCCGCCUCCAUCUUCACCUCACCCACUCCCAUCCACACAUUCAUCAACGAAAUCCGCGUUCCUCCCGCGGAUGACCACGACCUCAGUGCGGAUUAUUACGCGAAGACUAAACUAUGGGCGUAUAUCUGUUCGUUGGAGUAUGCGAGGCGCGCCCAGGAUCAGCAGGACGGUGUCAAACGAAACAUUGUCGUUUCGAACGGUUGUCCUGGAUUCGUCAAGACGCAAUUAGGACAGAAGGAUGGUACGGGCGGCGAUUUCAAGGCCGUGAACAUGGACGUGUCGUUCCCUGGUAUAAGGAUCAUGGCCCCGGAGGAGGGUGCGAGGACGAUAAUACUCAUGGGGACUUAUCCGGUCGAGAAAGUCUGGGGCAUCGAUGAGGCUGGGGGAGAGAGGUUGAAGGUGCCGUGGUUCGUUGGGAUGCAGGGACGCACUUGGGAGGAGUAUGGACCGGAGGUGGCGAGAGACGAGGGGUUCAGGAAGAGGGUUUGGGAAGAUACGAUUGGUUUGAUUGGGGUGGACAGUGGGGAGGUGGAUGUACGGUUUUUGUAGACACGGUGAAUGCGCGGACGAAGCGAAAAC